AAAAAAAAACAAGAUGUUAUAUUGUGGAUAAGAUGGGUGUAAACCAAACUCCACAUCCGGGUUUUCACAGAAACUGGAGGAAAGCCAAAAGGAGACACACCCUGAUUCUCCAAAAUGCGCUUUGUGGGCAUCUGACUCCAUCCGACAGCCUCCUCUAGUGAGGCCCCACACGGUUGUGCUCCUUGCCUACGAGCAUUGACAUCUGCACAGUCAAUAAAACGUCAUAGCAGAAUAAAACAUCAUAGCGGAAACGAUCUAUUCAUACUGAUAAGACAUGCAUAAGGAUGGAGCAUGUUGCCAAACCAGCAGAGCCAGUAAAAGAAGCCAAAGAGCACCUUCCACCAUCUGACACGCACUUCCUCCUCAGGGAUGCUGUCACUGAAACGGUUACCAUAGGAACUCUUCCCCCUCUUCGCUUCCUUAAUGAGACCGUUUUUGAAAGGACCGCCUCGGAGAGAGAGGACGGGGAGAAAAUUCUCUCCCGCACCGCGGAGCAGAGGUCCGAUCUAAUCUCCGGCCUGUACGAGGGAGGGCUUAAGGUGUGGGAGUGCACUUACGACCUUCUGGAGCGGCUCGAGGAAGCCGGAGAGACCUUUAGGGGGAAGGCGGUUUUGGAUUUGGGCUGCGGAGCGGGGCUGUUGGGGAUAUUGGCUCUGCAGAGGGGAGCCACGCAGAUCCACUUUCAAGAUUAUAACAGUACAGUUAUUGAACAGCUGACUGUGCCAAAUGUAACACUAAACUGCCAAGAAGACGAUGAAGUAGAUAGCGAAGAAGACAAAGAAGGGAGUGGCGGGGGAAAAGUACAGGAGGAAGAUGGUUGUAAAGAAAAGAUAAAAGAUGGCAGCCCGCCACCUAAGAUUAGAGCCGCGGACCUGUCCCAGCACCAUCCACUAGCCAGGUGUCGUUUCUUCUCCGGCGACUGGAGCACGUUUCUUGCUUUCCUUAAAAAGGAGGACCCGUUACCAAAAUAUGACAUUAUAUUCACCUCCGAGACCAUCUACAACCCGGCCUAUUACCCAGCGCUACACGAGGCCCUCCACCAGCUGCUGGCCCCGGGCGGACUGGUCUACCUCGCCACCAAGUCGCACUACUUCGGCGUCGGGGGCGGGCUGCACCUGUUUGAGACAUUCGUGGAGCAGAGGGGUAUUUUCUCUGUGGACCACCUGUGGGAUGGUGACGAGGGACUGCAGAGACACGUAGUCGUCCUCCGUUUUAGAAAGUCUAAGGGCCUUUGAAGAGGCAAAGCAAGCUGGCUUUGACAUGCAGCUUCGUUCGUGUAACCGCUGUCCCUCAGCAAAGUCAGAUUUAAUAAACACAUCAAGAUUUUUUUUUUCCCUGCAUGUAAGGAACAAGGAAGAGCUUAAAUAAAACCUGCUGUGUCAUCUCCUA